CUUGUAACCAGCCCCUCGACCUGAUCUUUGUUUUCGACAACAAGACGUGCAUCACGAUGGCUCGUGACGUCAUUGUUCACUACAAGUCCUUGCUCACCCCGGAAACGAAACUUCGCUUCGGCGUUGCUUACUGCAUGAAAAACCAAGUGGAACAUACAGGUCCCGACUCUGAGUUGUCCCACCUGCUGAUGACGACAGAAAACCUGCAACACGCUAGCGGGGUGGAGCCUAUAGGUACACACGACUCCAUCCAUCUGCCGGACGGGGCGGGGUAUCGGGCAGAGAACACGCCCUAUCCUGUGUUUGAGGUCACGGACAUCAGGUCAUCGGCCGGCUCCUGUCUCAAGACGGUUGGCUCUAUGUUUGACAACCACGGCCACGACAAGUCCGCCAAGAUGGUCAUACUUGUGGCUACCCAGAAGUCCUGGGCUGACCCCAGACACGUGGAGGAAGCCGCUGCCCUCAAAG